AUGUCGUCGCAGACCAUGACGGCGCCAGCGGUGGGCCAUCGUCCGCCUGAUCCAGGCACCGAUACGCCCAUGUACGACUAUGGCGGCUCACAGAACGACGCUUCGUCUCCGUCCGACCCUAGAAGCAACUCCGCAAUCCCCGACAUGCAUAAUUCUGCUACAGCCUCCAAGGCCUUGCCCGCCAGUCCGAUUGGAAUAAAGAGGGAGUCAUUGGACCAUCAGGGCUUCGCCAUGCCUGACGAUGAAAAGGACUCGAAUGCCCAAUCCGCUGCCGGUGCGCUAUUGGCCCAACUGCUCGGAAACCAGUCCGCGCCGAAUCCUUCUGCGCCAGAGCAAGCGGCCGGGCAACAGACAGAGGAACAGGAUAGGGAACUACACGACUCAAACCGCCCGUCAAUCGACAAAUCCACUCCAUUCUCCACGCACGCCGAUUCGAAUCUACACCAAGAUCCUACAGACUCUACAGGGAUGUCCAAUAUGUCGAAUGGUGAUUUUCCGAUGACAGAUUUCCUUGCAGGACUGGGUGCGCCCGCGCAGGAAGGAGGCGACAUGGGACAUCGAUUAUCAGACGCUAUGGAUUCUAUCUCCGACCCGUUGAACCCCAAGCAGGACCUGGACCAGCCCUCACUUCUCCCUGCUUUCGACUUGGCUGGAACCCCGAAGAAUGCUUUUGAGGCCCUCCAGCAGAACGAAUUUUUGACGGCCGCCUACCUCUCACAAGGUGCUGACCUAUCAGCUCUCGGAUAUCAAGAUGCAUCGGCUUCCAUUGCCGGGUCCGAGCCUCGUAUCCAAGCAUUUGCCAAGUUAGAAUUCGAUGAUGGGCAUUUCUACUGCAACACCUACUCCUUCAUUCUAGGGCGAGAUGUCCGAGCUGCACGCGCCGCCCAUCAGCGAGAAAUUCAGUACCGGCAGGCCGUGCGGAGCUCUCGCGCAAAGAGUUCUAGUGGUGGUAACGCCUCACACACUCCCAACCGCAUGAAACGGGAGGAAAGUGCUGCCAUGAUGGGCAGUGUGGUUAGUGACCGAGGAGGUAUCAUGGGCUUUGAUCCGGACGUUCCCCCGCAUCUUCCAACCAAUCUUAACCUCAGCCGACGGUCGUCAAAGUCUUCUCUCGGUGAGGCUAUGCCCUUGCAUGCCAAUCCGGCGCAAUUACAGACCACCACGUCAACGGACUACAAUGCGCUUGCGAUGCAAUCUCUUCAGGAUGGAAACGGCGAUCCCAAACCCGUGGAUGCAUUGGCUUUGCUACCGUCUCCCGAUUCUUGUCCCACGAUUCCCAUUCACCCUCCAUCCACCAUCGACGGCAGUGCUGCAGGUCACCGCGGUAUCUCACGUCGACAUGUCCGAAUUGCGUAUAAUUUUGACCGAAGUCUCUUCGAGAUGGAGGUCAUGGGCCGUAAUGGAGCAUUUAUUGGAGCUGACUGGUUAUCGCCAGGUCAGCUCCGUCCGUUGCAUAGUGGAGAUUACAUACAAAUCGGAGGUGUGCGCAUCCGAUUCUUGCUGCCAGAUGUUCCCAUUGGAGAGACAGGAGCGGAUCGCUUGGAAGAACAGGCAGCAGAGGAAGAUGAUGCUAUGGAAUCUGUCGAUGUCGAUGCAGAUGCCGACGCUGAUGUCGAUGCGGACGCCGACGCCGACGCCGAGCAUGAGCUUGAUGAUGACAUGGACAGGCCCCUGAGCGACAGUGGUGAAGGCAGAGACUCUUCCAGGGUGACCAAGAUUGUCUUGAAGACGAAGGAUUCUGACUCGAAGGCGCAUUCCGUCGAAUCUUCGGGAGAUCAACCAGCCCGCCGGCGUGGUCCUGGCCGGCCUCCCAAGGACGGAAUAAUGUCUAAGCGUGAAAGAGCUGAGCUUGCUCGGGAGCAGAAGAUUGCCGCUAAGCGCGAAGCCAAUGGUGGUAUCACACCGCCGCUGCAAAACCGGCCAACCAAGGCAGGCAAGACAGUAGCAACGACUGCUACUACUCCCCAGGAGUUUAUUGGUGCUGAAUCCCCACCCUCAUCUUUCAAACCAUCGGAGAAACGGAAGUAUAACAAGCGGAAGAAGGAUGGCACUUCGAUGGAUUUCCCUCUUCCUUCUAUGGAAAGUGGCCAAUUCACUACAGAGCAACGGCCCGAGGAAUACGUGAAGCCUCCGCCAGUCAAGAAACGCAAACCAUCUCGGUCUCCUUCUCCGAACUAUCCUCCCGAGUCUGCUUACACACAAGAGGAUCUGGCGAAACCCCCAUACAACUAUGCUGUUCUCAUCUUUGAUGCUCUUACAGAGGCUGCUACCCCAAUGACGCUGAAGCAAAUAUACCGUGCAUUAAAACUGAAGUAUCCCUACUUUCGCUUUAAGUGCGAGACAGAGGGAUGGACUUCAAGCGUACGACACAACCUUAAUGGCAAUGGUCACUUGUUCAUGCACGCAGAGCGAGAUGGUAAAGGUUGGUCAUGGCAGCUUCGCCCUGGUGCCUCCGUCGAGAAGGAAAAGAAGAGACGGCCUUCACCACCGCCGCCGCAACAGCCGCCACCGCCGCAGGUGUCGGCACCAGCUCCCCAGCCAUAUAUGGGACCUAUCCCUCAUUCCUAUCCCCCACCUGGCGGUCCACCUCCAAUGCAAGCUCAGCAUCACAACUUCCAGUUUCCUCCGAUGCCAUCUACCAACUUCUCUGCACCACCGCCGGCUCCUCAGCAUUCAAGUCCUUAUGCGGCAGCACCGCCUCCUCCGCCCCCUUCUACUGCAGUCUCUUCUGCUCCCUCUGCAACUCCUGCUGUGACUGCUCCUGCCCCAGUUUCUGCUCCCGCUCCCGCUCCUACCCCCGCUCCGGCCCCUGCUCCCACCCCUACCCCUGUUCCCGCUCCUGCUCCCGCUCCCGCUGCUGCGUCCUUUCCCAUUGUGGGUACUAUUCGCAGCAGUCUUCCACCGGCUUUUGCUCGAACUGUCCCAUCCACCUACACAUCUCCUUAUGCAGUCGAUCCACCUGUACAGGGGGCUCAGGCUCAACAGCCUCAGCCCUCAAGGCCUGGGCAAGGACCACCGCCUCAGCAGCAGUCCCCAUACGCACCUUCAAAUCCCCCAUCUCAACCUCAACACAUCAACUCUCAACCCCAGUCUUUCCCACCUGGGCCUCAGUUCCAACCCCAGCAUCAGCAACCGGUACCGAAACAACCACCGCCGCCACUUGGUCCGCCGCCGCAUUCGCAGUCGCAGCAAAUGCCUCCGCGACAAAAUACUAUGCCACAUGGACCACCGGAAACAUCUUCAUUCACUGAGCGUGCGAACAAAGCCAUCGAUGACUUUGAAGCCGUUCUUAUGGAAGAUUACGAGGAUAAGAACUACAUCCGAGAGGUACUCCGAAGUGCCCGUGCCCGUGUGUUGGGUAAUGCUACUGAGAGUUCAUUCCCCGGUGGAGAGCCCAAGGACGAGGGCGUCAUCAUGGACGUGCUUCGCAACCUUGUUGGAAGCUUGAAAGACGACUAG